AUGAUGGCUUCUGGAAUAGCGCAUCCACAGCAGCAGCAGCAUCCGCAUCAACAACAGCAGCAGCAACAACAACAACCAUCCAGUAACACUGGCAUAAGCUUCAAAGAUGCUUUUUGGGAUGAUCAAAGCAAAGGCGUCGAGAUUUUGUCCAAUCGUUUGAGAAAAUCAAAGGACACAUGCGAAGAACUGAAGAAACUCUAUCAAUUACGCGCAAGCAUCGAACAAGACUAUGGCGAGCGUCUCUUGAAGCUAGCACAGACAUCGAGAAUAGGAGAGCUUGAAGAGCACAGUUUCGCAGAGACCUUAUCACGCAUCCCCUCUGCAUUGGAAACAACUGCUCGUGCUCAUAUUGAUCUAGCACAGCAAUUACAGGAUCACCUUGAGGUACCGCUGGACGGGUUUCUGAAGGAUCAAAGAGAUGUUCGCAAAAUGCAACAGCAACACAUAGAGAAUUCAAAGCAACUCAAGAACUUACACGAAGCUGAUGUCGCACGAGCCAAAGAAUACUGUUUGAGCGAAUACAACAAACUAAAAUCAAUGGAGGCAUAUCGAUUUGAAUUAGGCAAUGGCUCAACUGAAGAUAUUGCCAAGAUUGAAAAGGAAAUUGACGAACAAAAAAGAAUGGUAGCAGUUGCUGAUCAAGUUUAUAAGCGAUCUGUCGAUAAUUUCAAUGCUGUCAAUGACAAGUGGGUGAAUGAUUGGAGCGCAACCGCUGAUGUGUAUCAGGAGAUGGAAGUGAAAAGGAUCAGUUAUCUGCGAAGUACACUAUGGUCCUUUGCCAAUAUGAUGACAAUUACAUUCAGUAUCGACGAGGAAUGCUGUGACAGGAUACGCACUGCUUUGGAAAUCACUGAUGUUCAAAAGGAUGUUACAGCCUUUGUGCAACGCUAUGGAACAGGGAACAGAAUACCAGCUCCAAUGCAAUACGAAAUGCUUUACGACGCAUCGCACAUUCAGACGACAAUGCCAACAUCUGCAGCAACUGUGACUUCAGCUCCAAUCAUGCCUGGCGUUGCUGCUGCUGCUCCUGCAAUUAUAGGAACAAUGGCAACAACCUCUACUUAUAGUGAUCUAGAUCAACCGCUAUCAGCCCCUUUACCUCAAACAACAUCGUCCGCCGAUUCCCUUCCUGAUGCCAUCCCACGUGAAACUUCUGAAUCUACUGCUGCAGCAAAGAAAUUGCCUCCUCAUCCACCUGUCACUAUUUUAACCAACCCUGACGAAGAACUGAAAUCUGUCGAUCGCCAGCUGCGUCAAUUGGAAGUGCAAAACACCACUCCACAAAGCGAACAUGAGAAUCAUCAAUUCAAUAUCAUAACUUCGCCACAGCAACUGACAUCUGGUGAUGUAGAUGAGAAGAGAGAAGUUCCAGAAAAAGAACAACAGCAACCCCCAUUGUCUGGUGCUACAAAUACAACAGAUCAAAGCAACGGCCCUGUCAGUACAGCAAUGAAGGAAGUAGAGCAAAUCUUGAAUCAAAAGAACAGUAGUCAUGACGCUGUUGCAACUUCUGCUGCCGUCAUUGAAGCAGCUACAAACAAUAAGCGAGAAUCCUAUGCUUCCUCUUCUCAUACCAGCAAUGGCCCUAAGCAAUCUUUGCCUCCUAUCAUGAUGGCUCGUCCUAUACCACCAGCUGCUCCUGCUGCCGGAGAGAAACUAUCUCCCACCACAUCAAACCGCCCUAUUUCAGAUGACUUUUCUGGUAGCAUUUACAACGCAUUAGGGAUGAAGGAAGAAAGAGCUACCAGCCAAUACGAUUUGCAAAAGGAGCAAUUGGAUAGCGUGGCCAAAUCCAACAGCGCCGUUGAACUUGCACCUCUCUCAUCAGAGACACCUAUACUUAUGCCUUUUGAUACUCUGGCGACUAGAAAUGAAUCUAUGAUCAGCAACGGAUCCAGCAAAGACUUGAAUCAGAAAUACAAACCUAUGCCAAAUCCUGUCUACAACAGCAACGGUGCCAUUUUCACGACAAGGGACAUUCCUCCUUCUCAGGACGAAAUGAAUCAUGCAGCUCCAGAAACAGUACCCAAUAUGAAGCCUGUAGUUGGUGUACGUACCUCUUCCUUAUUGCUUUCGCAGAAGCCCCCCUCGUCUCAGAAUGGCAGCAGAGCCUCUUCUUUGAAUCGUGAAAUGAUCAACAAGAACGACGACGAUGACGAUUAUGAGGAAAAUGAAGACGAGAAGGAAUAUCAUAACAGAAUGCCACGGCCACCACCAAAGGAUGAGAAAUGGGUUAUUUCAUCCAUUCGUCGACCUCAGCAAUUACCUGUUCGUGCAAUGAAUGCUAGAAUGUUUGAUGGAUCCACCUCUUCUCGUAACAGUAUGGCCUCUCCCACACCUCCCCCUAUUGCAAGCGCAUCACUAGCCGAGCAUUCCUCUGCUGCUGACCUAAACACGUCUCCGGCAGCAGCUGAGGCAGAUCAUGUCGAAGACGACGUCCACCGUCAUCCCAAACCGCAUAGACCCACUGUCCCUCUCACUAUCGAUAUUCCCAAUUCCGUGAAACCCGCGUCUGAUGUGGCCCAGAAUGCUGCACAACAGGUCAUUGCUGACGGUAAAAGACGAUCUCAAAUGUCUCCAGUGCAACAAAAGAUGGAUUUGCAUCAACAACAGCAAUCUCAACCACAAACAAUGGAUCGAAAUGUCAUUCGUGGGUAUAUCAAUAACCAGCAAAAUGGAAUAGAAGAGGGUGGUAUUCGUCCCGCACCUUGGCAGGAAGAAUUCAGUGCUGACGAUCAUCGUGUUAUGAGAGCUCCUUUGCCGAGCAAUGGUAGCGGUUACUAUGGAAACGGGCAUGCUAGCUAUCAACUUGGUAUGCCUGGGCCUCGAUCUUCAUCCAUCAAGCUUUCUGAACAACAGCAGCAGCAACAGCAAAUGCUCAUACAACAGCAACAGCAGCAGCAUAAUUUCGAAGAGGACACCAAAAAACGAUUCGGAAAGAAUGCCAAACAGUUUAAUGGCGAAUCGUCAGUCAAAUCAAAAGAGAAGGAAAACAAAACGGGUCGAUUCUCUCUAGGUUUCUUUGGUGGUGGUAAAAAAGAAAAAAAGAAGGAGAAAGAAAAGGAGAAAGAGAAAGAAUCUGCUGCCGCCGCUGCUGCUGCCAUGUAUACUCAACAACCUCCAGAUCCAUCCUACAUGCAACAACAACAGCAAAAUCAGCCUUACAUGCAGCAACAACCAAGACCUCUUAGCCAACAACACAUGUACCAAAAGCAACCUUCGCUUCACGAGCUCUCACAGUCUGAUUUAAAGAGCAAUCACAGUGGGCAACAACAACAAACCUCCCAACCGCAACAGCAACAAGCGACGCAACAACAAUUGUCUCCACCACAAUUAGUUAAAGCACCAUUUAGUGCUGAUCGCUUUAUUGGAUUUGCUAAAGCGCAAUGGCCUUUUGAAGCUACUAUUGACGGUGAAAUGUCUUUCCAAGCAGACGAAGUAGUUGGUAUUAUACACAAGCAGAUGGACGGCUGGUGGGAAGCCGAGAGACUGGGUCCAGUUGGAGCUGGCCAACGAGGCUUGGUUCCUGGCAAUUACAUGCUCGAUAACCAACCUCCUCCACCCUCAUUACAACAGCAACAAUAA